AUGUCCUCCACCACCGCCACCCAGAAGAAGACCUCCAUCCUCUCUUCUUUCGUUUCCCACGCCAAAGAGCACCACAGGAGCGUCAACGCCGCCUACAGCACCUACUACUGCCCCGGCGGCUCCGUCCAGACCUCGCCCGAGCCAUCGCGCAACAACUCCAUCGCCAUGCCCGCCCCCGUCCAACGCACCUCCUCAGACUCGAGCGUACGCAAGGCCUGGAAAGCCGUCAAGCAGCACCACCACGACAUGAACGACGCCUACGCCUCCUUCUACGCACCCGGCCACGCCACAUCCCCAUCCGGCUCGCGAGGCAGCUCGGUGGCUUCGACUCCCCGGGGCAGCGCUGAGGAAGCUCGCCAUGAAGUCUCCGGCGAGAAGAAGUCCAAGUGGGCGGCUGUCAAGAAGGCGGCUGUUGAGCACCACCGAGCCAUGAACGCGGCGUAUGCUACCACAUAUGGCGCUGGAUUCAAGGCAUAG